CGCCCCAAUGCUGGCGCGAUUUCCACCGCGCUUCCACGCGAUUCGCGACUCCGUACAAAUUGGAAACUAAAUAUCCGAUUGCUCAAUCCGAUAGUUGACGCGAUCCGUGCGAUUGUGACUGUGACUCAGUGAAGUUUGACUCUCGAGUGUACAAUCGAAUCAACAGUCUGCAGUGCAUUUUUUUAAUGCCCUAAUUUUGACAGCUGGAGGUUUCGCAACUGAAAAACGCCGACGGUCGGACGUUUUCCCAGCCCAAAUAAGAAUCUUAUUAAAUUCAAUUAGAAUCCAAACUGAACUGAUUUUAUUAAAGAUUUGAAGUAAAGAUGGAGUGUUGACAUCUGAAAUGCUGAGUAGAUGAAAUGAAGACCUCGCUCGAAUGCGAGCGGUCAGAGGCCGCGGACAGCGGAGGGAAAGGCCGAAUAUCGUUUAGCGUGGACUCUCUGCUGGGCAGCAAGGAGCCAAGCAAAGACCAGGAGCACAGCAACGAUGAGAAUACGAUCGAGACCGAUGAUAGCGAUGUUGAUAUCGAGGAUGUGGACUCGAACGCGGGGGACGAGAGGGAAGAAGAUGAUAGAGAGAGGGAAGGGAGCGGGGAAGAGCGGAGUGGAGUGGUGGUGCCGCAGCCGAUGUUACCCCGGCUGUACCAGGGCCCGCCGCCGACGUGGCCGUUCGGGGCGUUCCCCUGGAUGGCUCCUAACCCUAUGUUCCGGACGGGAUCACCUAAUGCAGGCCCUCCCAGUGGCCCUCCCGUUGUGCGCUGCCAACUUCGGAAACACAAGCCCAACCGCAAACCAAGAACACCCUUCACCACGCAGCAACUCCUCGCGUUGGAGAAGAAAUUCAGAGACAAGCAAUACCUGAGCAUCGCUGAGCGGGCUGAGUUCUCAUCGUCACUGAGAUUAACUGAGACUCAGGUCAAAAUCUGGUUUCAAAACCGGCGCGCGAAAGCGAAACGGCUCCAAGAAGCCGAAAUCGAAAAGCUACGUCUAUCAGCGCGGCCGCUCCUGCCUCCAUCAUUCGCGCUAUUUGGGGGCGGAGGCGCGCCCCCACUCUUCGCCGCCAUGGCGGCCGCCACGCGCCCCCAACUCAGCUUCCUCGGGGGAACCCCUACCCACCAGCACGCCAUCAACAUGAACAUACUGAACUCUCUGCAGCCCCAUUGACGUUUGGAACACGCGGGAACGCGUGAAACGUCAAACGGACAGCCGCCAUCUUAAAAGAAGAAACAGUGUUCAAAUCUCGUUGUCUGUGAUUCAAAACUUUAACAGCGGCGUUUAUACUGAAUGAACUUUAAAUCAGUAAGUGCAAUUUUUUAAGUUAAAUUCGGUAGUUAAUUUAUUUUAAAAAUAGUUGAUAAUUAUGUAUAUAUAGAGUUAAACAAACGUUACGGCAAUAGUUUAUGGGACAGUUUAUGACCGAAAUGUCGCAUUCAUGUAUGUUUGUUAGUAUUAAUUAACAGUGUAAAGAAGUAUCUAGUUACUUUUUAUUUGACGACAUUAAAUGCCUGUAAAACACAUCAAUUUACAUACCUAUUCAAUGCAAAUUGCAAACUUAAUAACUCAGAAAUUCUCUUAAGUACGUCGUACAUAAUUGAAAAUAAUACAUACAUAAUUUUACGACACUUAUAAUAGAGGAAGCUGCAUACAAGUUGGCACCAUUAAUAGUUUUUGGAAUUGGCUUACAGCAUUCACCAUUUUCAGUUUUUUGUAAGAAUAUGAUUGUAUACCUACCAGUGGCGUGAAGUGAAAAUUUUCGUUGAUAAAGCCGGAGGGGUUUUCGGGAUCUGAUUUGUAUGGACUUCUACAGAUACAGGAGAAUUUUACGGAACCCGUAGGGAAUCGAGUUGUAUCGACGCCCCGCCACUGAUUACCUACUUUAUUAGGUCAUAGAGAUCAUAAAGUAGAGUUUAUUACGAUUUUUUUACUUUUGAAUUGAAUUUCCGAAUCAGAAAAAAUAACUACACAUACACAUCGAUGAUUGUUUAUAAGUAAAGUAAAUUCAACAUGUUGAACACGAAAAUAAAAUAAAAUGCAAAAUUUAUCACAAAUGCUGUUGGGUACUUAGAAAUUGUGAAACUGCCGAAUUUAGUUGUACAGUCGAGUUCAUAAAUAUGUGUACAUUUCUUUACCUUAACUCGUUGCAAGAAGGUGAAAAAAUGUACACAUAUUUAUCAACUCGACUGUACACUACACUAUACAGUUGUACACUAUCAAAUAUAAUAUC